UGCAAAUAACUAUAGUACUUUUUUGAUAUUUUCAAUAUUCCAAUGAAUAUAUUCAUGAUGCAGGACUUGCUUAUAAUUGGCCUUCUGAUAUUUUGUAUUGUAUCUUGCAACUCGUGGGUUGGAUUUUGUCAACAAAAUACUUUUAAUGUGCUUCAAUAUGGUGCCAAAGGAGAUGGCAUUUCUGAUGAUACACCAGCCUUUGAAAAAGUAUGGGAAGAUUUAUGUGGGGCACAAAAUAAAGGGACUCCAAUGCUUGUGGUGCCAGCUAGAUAUACAUUUUUUGUACGUCAAAUAACUUUCUCCGGUCCUUGCAAAUCUCAAAAUCUUCAUAUUCAGAUUAAGGGAAACAUACUAGCUCCUAAGAGAGAUUCAUGGGGUACAUGUUCGAAACGGUGGCUUCAUUUCAUUAACGUAAAACAGAUGACAGUUGAUGGAUCAGGGGUGAUCAAUGGCCAGGGUGAUGCUUGGUGGGGCAAUCUUACAGGAACCGUUGGAUGUACUGGGGUUCCUCCUACGGCUAUGCUAUUUGAAAGAUGUGAUGGGCUUCAAGUUCGUGGGCUCACUUUUACUAAUGGGCCAGGGUCGCAUCUCUAUGUAGUACAUAGCGAAGAUGUGACUAUCUCACAUAUCGUCGUAAAUACGCCAGAAGAUAGUCACAAUACUGAUGGAAUUGAUCUCUCAAAUUCAGUCCGUGUUAACGUUUAUGACUCUGAAAUACAAAGCGGUAAAUAUAUGUAUUUGCAUCUCAAUCUAACUCUAGAUUAUUAUGAUCAAUAA